ACUGUUUUCAGGAUCUCUGUUCUUGGUUCGGCUGUUUAAUUUCCCAGUUGGAAGUGUUGUCUGUUUCUUUCUCGGACCGGCUGUAUCUUUCAUGCUUGAUAUACAUCUUCAGUAUCCAGUCUUUGUGGUGCUCGAACAAUUUCUCAUUUGUAGCUGCCACUAUAGGGCACUCACCUUGUACCUCCAUUCUAUUCACACUCUGUGUCAUGCACAACAGCCACUUGUUACUCAGGAUGCUUCAAAACAUGGAGAUCAUUGAACACGCACUUCCCUCAUCUCUCUCCAGCGAAGAAACUGUGAAUUGGGAGGGUUUUUUUAUAAUAUUGCCAUUGUGUGCUAGGGGGUUAGAGCAGAUAUGAUCAGCAAAUGUAAGCGACACUUUGCCCCUCUUUGAUGUUUGUUUUCCUCAUUGUACCUAUCUUGAGCUUUCCUUGAUUCCGUCACUGGCUCUUGGAAUACUUAAAAAUGUUGUUUGGUCAAUACUUGCUGGUAACUUCAAAGUGCACUCACCUAAUUGUCAAACUGAAAAUUUGUUUUCUUUCAGCUAUGUCAUCUGAAGAUGACCAGGCCUUUAUGCCAAAUACCAGAAUACAAGAAUUAUUCUCUGAAAUGAUAUUGAGUACAUAUAAUGGAGACAGAAGUUAUCAAUGGAAUGAAAAUUGGAAAAACUUUAAGCGAGAGUCAAAUCUUAAUCAUUGGAGAAGCAAACUUGCAGAGGACCAUUAUGAAAGUGGAAGAGUCUGUGACCCAAGGUCCAAUCACAAAAUACAUGAGGUUAUUCCUAUUGUGGAGAAGACACACAAAGGAAGUCAAUUUGUCCUGUCUUUUCAUCAGUCAUCAAAUUACACUGAAGAAGAGAAUAUUCGUACUGGGAAGAAAGCUUACAAAUGGAAUCAUUGCGGUAUAAUCUCCAGUCAAAUAGUCAAUACAAAUACAGUGGGAAAAAUCCAUACUGGAAAAAAACCUUAUAAAUGUAAAGAUUCUAGUAAAACAUCUAAUUGGCCUUCAGGUUGUAUGGUACCUCAGAAAAUUCAUACUGGCCUGAAGCCUUACAAAUGUAAAGCAUGUGGCAAAGCCUUUAGAUGUCAUUCAUCUCUUAUUGUACAUAAGGGAAGAAUUCAUACUAUUGCAAAAUUUUACAAACUCAGGGAAAAUGGAAACGCCGUUAGUCAGUCUUCAGGACAUACUCAACAUCAUAGAAAUCACAUGGGAGAAAAGUUUUAUAAAGGUUCAGAAUGUGACAAAACCUUUAGCUGGCCCUCAAGACUUAGUAUUCAUCAGAAAGUUCAUAGUGGAGAGAAGCUGUAUAAAUGUAGAGAAUGUGGCAAAGCCUUUAGACUGUUCUCACACCUUAUUAUGCAUCAGAGAGUUCAUAGUGAAGAGAAGCCUUACAAAUGUAGAGAAUGUGGCAAAGCCUUUAGACAGUUCUCACACCUUACUACGCAUCAGAGAGUUCAUAGUGAAGAGAAGCCUUACAAAUAUAGAGAAUGUGGCAAAGCCUUCAGACGGUUCUCACACCUUACUACUCAUCAGAGAGUUCAUACAGGAGAGAAGCCUUAUAAAUGUAGAGAAUGUGGCAAAGCCUUCAGAUGGUUCUCACACCUUACUACUCAUCAGAGAGUUCAUACUGGAGAGAAGCCUUAUAAUUGUGGAGAAUGUAGCAAAGCCUUUAGCGAUCCCUCUGCUUUUAAUAGACACCAGAGAGUUCAUACAGGAGAGAAGCCUUAUAAAUGUAGAGAAUGUGGCAAAGCCUUCAUUGUUUCAUCAACCCUUACUAUCCAUCUGAGAGUUCACACAGGAGAGAAGCCAUAUAAAUGUAGAGAAUGUGGCAAAGCCUUCAGCGAAUCUUCAUCCCUAACUAAGCAUCAGAGAGUUCAUAGUGAAGAGAAGCCUUACAAAUGUAGAGAAUGUGGCAAAGCCUUUAGACAGUUCUCACACCUUACUAGGCAUCAGAGAGUUCACACUGGAGAGAAGCCUUAUAAUUGUGGAGAAUCUGGCAAAGCCUUUAGCGAUUCCUCUGCUCUUAAUAGACAUCAGAGAGUUCAUUCUGGAGAGAAGCCUUAUAAAUGUAGAGAAUGUAGCAAAGCCUUUAGCGAGUCCUCCUCUCUUAAUCAACAUCAGAAAGUUCACACUGGAGAGAACCCUUAUAAAUUUAGAGAAUGUGGCAAAGCCUUUAGCGAGUCCUCAUCCCUUAAUCAACAUGAGAUAGUUCAUACUGGUGAUAAGUCUUUCAAAUGUAUUGAAUGUGACAAAGGAUUCAGUUUGGGUUUAUCCCUUAGUCACCAUCAGAGAAUUCAUACUGGAGAAAAGCCUUAUAAAUGUAAUGAAUGUGGCAAAGUCUUUACCCAUUACUCAUCCCUUAAUCGUCAUCACAGUAUUCAUACUGGAGAGAAGCCUUAUAAAUGUAGAGAAUGUGGCAAAGCCUUUAGACGGUUCUCACACCUCACUACACAUCAGAGAGUUCAUACUGGAGAGAAGCCUUAUAAAUGUAGAGAAUGUGGCAAAGCCUUCAGCCAAUCCUCAUCCCUUUAUCAACAUCAGAGAGAAAAUACUGGAGAGAAGUCUUUCAAAUGUUCAGAAUGGGCAAAGAAUUCCGUUUGGCAGUAUACCUUAAUUAUCAUCAGAGAAUUCACACUGGUGAGAAGCCUUAUAAAUGUAAUGAAUGUGGCAAAGACUUUAGGGAUAUCUCAUACUUUGCUAAGCAUCAGAGAAUUCAUACUGGACAGAAGCCUUAUAAAUGUAAUGAAUGUGGCAAAGCUUUUACUCAUUACUCAUCCCUUAAGCGUCAUCAUAGAAUUCAUACUGGUGAGAAGCCUUAUAUGUGCAGAGACUGUGGAAAAUCCUUUGGCACCUCUUCUUCCCUUACUUCUCAUCAGAGAGUUCACACUGGAGAGAAGCCUCAUAAAUGUAGAGAAUGUAGCAAAUCCUUUGGAAGCUCCUCAGAACUUGCUAAGCAUCAGAGAGUUCACAGUGGAGAGAAGCCUUAUACAUGUAGAGAAUGUGGCAAAUCCUUCACUACCUCAUCAAAACUGACUUACCACCAGAGAGUUCAUACUGGAGAGAAGCCUUAUAAAUGUAACGAAUGUGGUAAAGCCUUUAGCCAGGCCUCA